GGAAGCCAUAUGGUUCCAGAUCAGAGAAAUCUCCCCCAGACUCUGGACAUAUGUCCGCCAGCAGCGCGCGGGAGAGCGGGACAUGCUGAUCGGAGCGGAGCGAGCGGAGAGCCGGCCGGACUGAGGGAGCGGGGGCGGACUGCGGGACUCUGCGGGACUGAUCGGCGGCGGAUCGGAUUAAUCGGAGCUGCGGUCUGAUUAUUGCGGGCAGGGCUGAGGGCGGAGAACCGCCUGAGCUUCUGGGCGCGCGGGCAUUAUUAUUAUUAUUACACUGUUAUAAUAAUAAAAAUAAUAUAUAAAUAAUAAUAUUAUUAAUAUUGCUGUUAUUAUAAGUAUUAUUCUUUAUGUGUUUUUAUAGAAAAUGUCUCUUUAUAUAGUCUAACCUCACGGAUUUACAGCAGGAUAAUUAUUAUUAUCACUGAACAGGUUUAACCCUUAUUAACGCGCGCUCAGGAGCACUGCGCCAGGAUACUCUACAGACUAAAUUAGCUAAAUAUAUCAUUUAUCCCUAUUUGUCUCAAGGAAUAUCUGGACUGUACUGCUGAAUUUCCUUUAUUUCCACUCAAUUUCACUCAAAUCCACUCAAUUCCACUCUUUUUCACACAAUUCAACACGUUUCUACUCAUUUCUACAGAGGACAAAGCUUCUCCCAGCUCUGCGCUUCUCACUCAGACUUCAUUUAUAUAUAUUUUUUGAUAUAAAAAUAUAAAAGACAUCUUCAUCCCGCGGAGAGAAGUUCCUCUGUUCCUUACACAGUGAAGAUGUCGACCAAAGAACCGAAAGAAAAGCAGUCCACCACCGAGCGAAUCGUUAAAACCGUGCCCCUGCCCCCUCAUCAGAGGCUGACCAUAAAGGACUUGUUCGCGGACGGUAAACCCAACACAGAGCUGCUGAAGAGCCACCUGGUGAAAGAGGGGCGGGUGGAGGAGGACGCCGCCCUCCGCAUCAUCACAGAGGGCGCCAACAUCCUGCGGCAGGAGAAAUGCAUGCUGGAAGUGGAGGCACCAAUCACAGUAUGUGGUGACGUCCACGGGCAGUUCUUUGACCUCAUGAAGCUUUUCGAGGUGGGAGGAUCACCUGAUAACACGCGUUACCUGUUUCUGGGAGACUACGUAGACAGAGGCUACUUCAGUAUCGAGUGCGUGUUGUUCCUGUGGUCUCUGAAGAUCAACCACCCCACCACCCUCUUCCUCCUCAGAGGCAACCACGAGUGCCGGCACCUCACAGAGUACUUCACCUUCAAACAGGAAUGUAAAAUAAAGUACUCAGAGCGGGUGUAUGAUGCGUGUAUGGAGGCGUUCGACUGUUUGCCUCUCGCUGCUCUCCUCAACCAACAGUUCCUCUGCGUUCACGGAGGCCUCUCUCCAGAAAUCAACUGCUUAGACGACAUUAGGAAAUUAGACAGGUUUAAAGAGCCUCCGGCGUUCGGCCCGAUGUGCGACCUGAUCUGGGCGGACCCGGGCGAGGACUACGGCAGCGAGAAAUCCUCAGAGCACUUUAACCACAACUCUGUCCGAGGAUGCUCCUACUUCUUCAGUUAUCCUGCUGUCUGCGACUUUUUGACAAAUAAUAACCUGCUGUCUGUUAUAAGAGCACAUGAAGCCCAGGAUGCAGGGUACAGGAUGUACAGGAAAAGCCAGACCACAGGCUUCCCCUCGUUAAUCACUAUUUUCUCAGCUCCCAAUUACCUAGACGUGUACAACAACAAAGCUGCUGUAUUGAAGUAUGAAAACAACGUGAUGAACAUCCGACAGUUCAACUGCUCCCCUCACCCGUACUGGCUGCCCAACUUCAUGGACGUCUUUACGUGGUCAUUACCGUUCGUCGGAGAAAAAGUGACGGAGAUGCUGGUAAACGUGCUGAACAUCUGCUCUGAUGACGAGCUCAUGUCUGAAGGAGAUGACCUGUGUGAAGGUGGAGCUCCAGCAGCUCGUAAGGAGGUGAUCAGGAAUAAGAUUCGCGCCAUUGGGAAGAUGGCCAGAGUCUUCUCCGUGCUCAGGGAGGAGAGCGAGAGUGUUCUGACCCUUAAGGGAUUGACCCCAACCGGGACGCUACCUCUUGGAGUGCUGUCAGGAGGAAAACAGACCAUACAGAACGCCACACUUUUAGCGAAGGAGGGCAAAGCCAUCCAAGGCUUCUCACCCACACGGAAGAUCCGUAACUUUGAGGAGGCGAGGGGCCUGGACCGGAUAAACGAGAGGAUGCCCCCGAGGAAGGACGGGCAACAGCCUCCCGGUGCACUCGUCAACGACAAGAACGGCACAGAGACUGGGAAGGCAUAGGGGAAGGGACCCUGGCCCUGACCCCACAUCCCUCCAUUGCAGUGUUCGCUUUCUCUCUUUUCUCUUCUCUUCUCUCUACCCAAGCUCUCCUCUAGAGACAGAACCCCCUGCUGCCCCCUACAGCAGGGGAGGGCCACAGGACAUGUGGAGAGACCAGACACUUGAGUCUGGAGAGAGAGAGAGAAAUCACUUUACAACUACAAGUACAACCAUGAGAGAUUUUAUUUAUUACAAUGAAAUGUAUUAGCUGUAUGUGUUAGCAGUGUUUUUUAAAACAUGAACGAUGAUUCUCCUUGAAAAGUCAUGGUGUGUCAGGUGUUAAACCACAAGUACUUAUAAGAGGCCAUAUUCGAAUGGUCAAGAAGGUGUAUGUCGUCUGACGCUGCUUGGCAUAGAGUUAUGUAACUCAAAAUACUACAAAUGUGUACAUACUUUAGGUAUUUACUGAGUGGAACCUUAAGGGAAUCAACUAAGGGCGUUUUCAUACUGGAACUUUUUCAAAACUAUAAUGCCGUUACCAUUUCCGACACCCCGUUACUGCGCGUUACUUUAGCCGCUCAAUGAACUUCGCCCAUACAGACAAAGGUGCAAGUGUGUGUGUGUGUGUGUGUGCGUUGUGUGUGUGGGUCACAAGAGAGGGGAGGAUGAGAUAAACGAUGUCAUGCACUAGGGAAGGUGGGGGCCGGGGGGGUUACGGGGGCGAGUAACACAAAAGUAGCGCAAUAGUUACUUUUACUGGUAACUAGUUACUUUUAUAGUGGAGUAACUCAGUUAGUAACUCAGUUACUUUUUU